AGAGCUAAAAGCUCUGCUCACAGAAGCACUGCCCACAGAAGCAGCACCACAUUGGUGAACAUAGAAAGAGAUUGUUUGAGAAAGAUUCACGGUUAGAUUUGGUCUUCACCAUUUCUACUUUGCAUGCUUUCUCUCUCUAUCUCUUUCUUUCUCUAGAUCUACUUUAUAAACAAAGCCACAUUCUUUCAAUAAGUUCUGGUUUUGCAGAGAAAAAUGAGAGACUGCAAGCUUCUUUCUUUUUCCAUUUUCUUGGUUCUUUUUCUCGUCAAUGGCGUCAAUGGCGAAGACCCUUAUAGAUUUUUCACUUGGAAAGUCACUUAUGGUGACAUUUACCCGCUUGGUGUUAAGCAACAGGGGAUCUUGAUCAAUGGGCAAUUUCCAGGGCCUCAGAUCGAUGCUGUGACAAACGAUAACUUGGUCAUCAGCGUCUUCAACUACCUACGUGAACCCUUCCUCAUUUCUUGGGAUGGCAUACAGCAGAGAAGGAACUCAUGGCAGGACGGAGUUUUUGGAACAACCUGCCCGAUCCCGCCGGGGAGGAACUUCACUUACAAUAUCCAAGUCAAGGAUCAGAUUGGCAGCUUUUUCUACUUUCCGUCCCUCCAGUUCCACAAAGCCGCCGGAGGGUUUGGUGGCAUCAGAAUCUGGAGCCGUCCUAAGAUUCCCGUUCCUUUCCCUACUCCUGCUGGAGACUUCACCGUGCUGGCAGGCGACUGGUUCAAGACUAAUCAUUAUAUACUGAGACGAGGCUUCUUGGAUAGAGGUCGAGCUCUUCCCAACCCUGACGGGCUUCUCAUCAAUGGUCGUGGGUGGAAUGGAUACACAUUCACCGUUGAUCAAGGCAAGACAUAUAGGUUUAGGAUAUCAAACGUGGGGCUUACGACAUCCAUUAACUUCAGAAUUCAAGGACACAAAAUGAAACUUGUUGAGGUGGAAGGAUCUCAUACACUGCAGAACAUGUAUGACUCCCUUGACAUCCAUCUCGGACAGUCCUUAUCCGUUUUGGUCACGGCUAAUCAGCCUGUGCAGGACUACUACGUCGUUGUGUCUUCACGCUUCACCCGCCAGGUACUCACCACAACAGCCGUUCUUCACUAUAGCAAUUCGCGUAAUGGAGUUUCGGGUCCUAUCCCUUGGGGUCCUACCACACAGAUUGCUUGGUCUGUAAGCCAAGCGAGAUCUAUAAGAUGGAAUUUGACUGCGAGCGGGCCAAGGCCUAAUCCGCAAGGCUCCUACCACUAUGGAUUGAUCAAACCAGCCAGGACAAUCAUGCUUGGAAACUCUGCUCCUUGGAUCAAUGGCAAGCAGAGAUAUGCUGUCAACAGUGUCUCAUAUGUUCAACCAGACACUCCUUUGAAACUUGCUGACUACUUCAACAUUCAGGGAGUUUUCAGCGUUGGAAGCAUUGCGACCAACCCCACAGGCGGAAGCGGCUACCUCCAGACCUCCGUGAUGCACGUUGAUUUCCGGGAAUACGUUGAGAUUGUGUUCCAAAAUUGGGAAGACACUGUGCAGUCAUGGCACAUUGAUGGCUAUUCAUUCUUUGUAAUGGGGAUGGAAGGAGGACAAUGGACACCUGCAAGUAGAGCUCGUUACAAUUUGAGAGACACAGUUGCACGUUCCACAACUCAGGUGUAUCCUAGGGCAUGGACUGCAAUCUACAUAGCAUUGGACAAUGUGGGAAUGUGGAACGUCAGGUCACAAAAUUGGGCGAGGCAGUACCUGGGGCAGCAGUUCUAUCUGAGAGUGUAUUCUCCUGCACAUUCAUGGAGAGAUGAAUACCCAAUUCCAAGAAAUGCCCUUCUUUGUGGAAGGGCGAGAGGCCGUCACACUAGGCCUCUUUGAAAUUCUGAAAUAUCCAAAACUGGUCGCCUUUUGGUCACGAGAGGGUGACAUAGUUUUAAGCUAAUUUAGGCGAGGACUAAGCGUAUUCUUGUGAGUUGUAACAGGUCACUUCACUGGGAGCUCCUCUUGAGCUUCCAGAAAUUUUCUUCUUUUUGUUCCAUAAUUAGCAUUACUAGAUGGGUUAUUUAUUUCAAUAACUCAGAGUAAUAAAGCUAUAUACAAUAUGCGUCCUAAAUUGAGAUUUAACAUAAAGGCUCAUAGCAAUGAGGGUUGGUUGA